AUGUUUUGGUCACUGUCGCUGUGCGUAAUCGCAGCCUUCGCGUCCGCGCCGGCCGCCGACGCGCAGUCCUCCAGCCGCUAUGUGGUCGGAUGUCCCGCUCGCUGCGACAAGUCCCUGUGUCCCCGGGUCCCCGCGGACUGCCCGGUGGGACAGACCCUGGACGCCUGCCACUGCUGCUCGGUGUGCGCGUCCGGAGAGGGCGAGGCGUGCGGCGGCACCGGGAAGCUCGGGGACCCGGUGUGCGCGGAGGGGCUGGAGUGCUCCGUGCCCGGCGGGGUGGUCUACUCCGCCACGGUGAGGAGGAGAAGCAAGAGCGGGACGUGUGCGUGCAAAGCUGCCGACCCGGUGUGCGGCAGCGACGGGGUGUCCUACCGGAACAUCUGCGAGCUGAAGAGGGUGAGCCGCCGGGCGGAGAAGCUGCAGCAGCCGCCGGUUCUGUUCAUCCAGAGGGGGGCCUGCGGGAAAGGUCAGGACAAUCCAGAAAGCCCAAGACACAAAUACAACUUUAUCGCCGACGUGGUGGAGAGAAUUGCUCCGUCUGUAGUUCACAUUGAACUCUACCGCAAGAUGACCUAUUCCAAGCGAGAGGUGGCAGUGGCCAGCGGUUCUGGCUUCAUUGUGGCAGAAGAUGGCCAGAUUGUGACCAAUGCCCACGUGGUGGCCAACAAACACCGGGUGAAAGUGGAGCUGAAGAGCGGCGCCUUCUACGACGCGAAAAUCAAAGACGUGGACGAGAAAUCGGACAUCGCCCUCAUCAAGAUCGAUGCACCGACCAAGCUGCCAGUGCUGCCGCUGGGCCGUUCCUCGGACCUGAGGCCGGGGGAGUUUGUGGUGGCCAUCGGCAGCCCGUUCUCCCUCCAGAACACCGUCACCACAGGAAUCGUCAGCACCACCCAGCGAGGGGGACGAGAGCUGGGCCUUCGCAAUUCAGACAUGGAGUACAUUCAGACGGACGCCAUUAUCAAUUACGGCAACUCCGGAGGGCCUCUGUUAAAUUUGGAUGGCGAGGUGAUCGGGAUCAACACGUUGAAAGUGACGGCCGGCAUUUCCUUUGCGAUUCCCUCAGACAAAAUUCGGGAGUUCCUGGACGAGGCCUACGACAGACAGUCCCGAGGGAGAGCAGCGGCUAAGAAGAAAUACAUCGGUGUGAGGAUGAUGACUCUCACUCCAUCACUGGCCAAAGAGCUGAAGACUCGACACCACGACUUCCCUGACAUCACCUCUGGAGCCUACGUUAUGGAGGUCAUCGCAAAGACACCGGCUGCAGUCGCUGGCCUGAAAGAGCACGACGUCAUCAUCUCCAUCAACAGCCAGAGGAUCUCAACAGCCACCGAUGUCAGCGCCGCCAUCAAGAAGGAAGGAACCCUGAGAGUAGUCGUGCGCCGUGGAAACGAGGACGCCAUCCUCACCGUUGUUCCGAUGGAGAUCGACCCUUGA